AUGUCCGUACUGCGCCACGGAGGAGGCGGCGGCUUCCUCCAGCGCCGCCUCACCAAAUUGUAUACCGAUACCAAAACGUCCUGCGAAAGUGUCACCACCGCUUCGAAAGCACUCGAUGACCCAGAACUUGUCGCCUUGCAUCAGAGUUUCCAGAAACAACGGGAUCGGUUGUUGGCCUGGGGUUUGGACUGGAGCGACGCCAGCGCCGCUCAGCCCAACGAUAUCGACGAAUCUUUGACUGCGGCGGGGUUCAGCGACGUGGUCGAGAGCGUCAUGUCUACAAUCCAGGAUCUACUCAAUGAUGCCGAACGAGUUCAACACCUUGACCCUCCGCUCCCCUCGAAAGACCGCAAAGUGGACCCGUCAAAAGAGGCUGUCGGCCCUCUUAAGACCCAGUGGACAGAUAAUGAUAUCAGCCGAUCGCAGACAAUAUUGAGUGACUUGACGGGCUGCAUUGACACUUUAUACGAUCUCUCCCGCUCGCGGCGGACCAUGGCCUCCAGCAUGUCUUCAACCAGGCGGCGCGCUCGACCCACCCCGGCUUCACCAUAUGACUCUCCACUUGGCUCUUUUUCUGAUACGAAAGAAAAAGUCCAAAGCCCGAAGCAACUGUUUGACCAAUAUACUCAAUCUCCUACAAUGCAGCGUGACUUCUCUGCACCAUUUGUCUCACCCCACCAUCUUGUUAUUCCACGAUCUGCUUUGCAACUAUAUGGGGCCGCCGUUGAUAACAACCCUCCACCAUAUGAGCCGGUCGCCGCAUCUUCGAACUCGCGUGCUGUCGGUCGGCUGAACACUUCCGCCUCUUCUGCUCUGAAGACAUCUAUUAAAGAAUCCCAUGUCUCGGUUUUGGUUGAGUUUAUGCCUAUAAUGGCGGAUUCCCAGAAAGGAUCCAAGAACUCCAGAAUGGAAAAGCUGCAGCAGUCUCUUGAGCAACUUCUGCAGAAUGCCAGGAUUUCCCAUCUUGGUCUUCUACGAUUCCUGGGUUAUUGCAUUGAUGAGCCCAACGCCCGUUACGCCUUCCUUUAUCAGAUGCCCGUUGAUUAUUUCCCAUUUCUGAGCAACCCAAGUGAUUUAUUGAAAGAAUUGAAGCCCAUGCCGCUCGUCUCACUUCUGCCCUCCCCAUCCGCGGAGGACUAUCGUGAGAAGCGGAUGCCAAACCUAGAGACCCGCUUCCGGCUUGCUUAUGAUCUAUUGAUGUCCGCCUUGCAUCUCAGAAGUCAAAAUGUCGUGCAUGGUAAUAUCAACAGCAGCAAUGUCAUUUUCUUCCCCGGUCGGACAGAUGCGAACAACGAGGACGGUGGUCUGUCCCCUGAUCUUCGUCGUCCUUAUUUAACCUCCCCAGCUCGCUUUUCGGGAGACGGACCUACCCCCGAGCCAUUGAGUACGGCCAUGUAUCGCCACCCAGAAGAUAAGAGAAAUGUCGAAGAUGAUGGUGCUUGGGCCUAUGAUCUUUACUCGCUCGGUCUAAUCCUGCUGGAGAUUGGUCUAUGGGCACCGGUUGGGCGCCUAUGGAAGAUGAAAUAUGACCGUUCCUGGUUCAAACACCGUGUUGAGGAUCUGUACGUCAAGAAGCUUGGAGCGAAGUGUGGUGGUGCAUACCUUCAGGCCGUGCAGCUUUGUCUUGAUGCACCCAAUUUCCAUCUCUCUACGCAACCCAUGACCGACCUCUCUCUUCGAGUUCCUCAGAUCUACCACUAUCCUGUCCUCGACUUGUCUGAUCCCGACGGAACGUUUUCCUUUUCGAUGAACUUCAUGUACACCAUCUGCAAGAUUCUUUGGUCAUGCUGUCGGAUUGAUAUUUUCUCCGCGCCGCCUGCCGAGGAACUGGAUGACUGUUUGCCACUAGCUCUUGUGCCCACCCCUGAACCUACGCCGGCAAAUGAACAAGUGUCCGCUUAUAGAUCUGCCUGCGAGUCAGCUGACCUUGGCAAGAAGCUACCGAGCAUUCCGACACAUCAGUGGGGUGCAGUGACACAAGAAAAAAUAGAGAAGCCCGCCAAGAAACGCACGGUCAAGCGUCUUCCUAACAUCGAAAUUCCAGAUGAACAUUUACAGGAAUGGAACUUCCAGAUGAUGCCAAAGUUGAGCCGCCUCUUACAAAAGAUCCUGAAGGAUUCAAAUGAGUCCUGUGCAGCCAAUCUCAUAAUGACCGGAGAAUCGCUUGAAACCGCCCGAACCACCAUUUGUGUUACCUGUUCCAGUGUCAAAAAAGUUCGAUCUGCUCUGAAGAAGCAUUUUCAGCUUGGUCGUGAUGACUGGGAUCUUAUUGUCAUCCGGGGUGAUGUCGAAAGAUCUAAGGUCCCUCGCAACAAACGACGCAAGCCGGCAAAGACACGCCCUAACGGAUCUAACGAAACGCCAUUUCGUCAACGCGAACUGAACCCAUGUUACCAGCAACGACCACUAUGUGGAGCCUCAAUCGGUGCCUUUCAGAACGAGGAACAUUUGCCUCCAGUCUCGUACGGUGGCGCAGUCCUAGUUGACGGAAUACCCUAUGGUCUGACGGUCCAUCACAUGCUUGAGGCACCGAGUGACGAUGAAGGCUCCGAGAACGAUGAUCAAGAUGCCCCAACUCGUUCUGCGGGUAACGGGCUUCGCAACACGUCUACCGCCCCGAAUGCAGAUUACACCCAUACAUAUCCUGAGGAUGACCGAUCAGAAGUCAAUCUGGACCUCGAGAUAUCGGAUUUUGAGGACGAUGAUACCGCAUCAACAUCACAGGGCCCGGAUGGUGGGCAUGAUGAAUACUGGCUGUCGGAGGACGAAUCAUCUGACGAUGAAUCCAUUGAUCCUGACAACGAUGAUGAUGAUGCUGCAUCAAUAGGUGAUACAACCGGUAUUGAUCCAGGUGAAGAACCACGGCUUUUUGUCACCCAGCCUGCGAUUGACGACGUUCACGAGGAUUUUUUUCCAUCCCCCGAAGAUCGCGAUGACGAGCACCUUGCCUCGCAUUCUUUAGGCUAUAUCCAUGCAUCAUCGGGCGUGCGGCGCUGGAUGUGGAAGGGGAUCAAGCAUGAGAUUGAUUGGGCUCUCAUCAAAGUUGACGACGCUCGCAUGGAUCCUCGAAAUAUCAUCGUCGAUAGCACGACGUCGUCGCCCGCUAGGCCCAUUCCUGGACGAGCGGCUCAAAGUCCACCCAUCUUUCUCAACCAAAUAGCUCGGAUGGAAGAACUGGGUGGCUUGCUGGUCCAUUGUUGUGGCCGUACAAGUGGACUACAAUCAGGCUUAAUAUCCAAGGCGAUGACGCUGGUCAAGCUGACAGGUCGGCACUCCUUCUCGACGAGCUUCUGUGUCAAUGGAAACUUUGGAGCCCCCGGCGACUCUGGCGCAUGGGUAUUUGACAGAUCAACCGGUCGCGUCUGCGGCCACGUCUUGGCCUGGUCCGCGAAGAGCAACACCACCUACAUCGCCCCGAUGGAGGUGACCAUCGAAGACAUCACCCGCACCCUCAACGCCUCCCUCGUUACCCUUCCUGGCGAUCCCACCAGGUCCAUGGGCUACAUCCCCCAUACCUCACCACAACCACCAGCACAAUACCGCUACCAGUCACAACAACUGCCAGGGGACUUUAGCCGCCUGACUGUCGGUGGUCCUCCCACACCCCCAAUGCCACCGCCGCACCCCUUUACCCAUCCCCAUCAUCAACCCUAUCCUCACCAUCCGGGUUUCGGCCGCCCUCCCCCUCCCCCGCCGCCUCCUCCGCGACCCGGCUCUCGGGAAACCCAUGGCUUCCGUGGCCGUGUGUCGCCAAUUCCACCAACCCUUCUAACAGGGCCCCGGAAUAUUGAACGUCAGCUUGCGUGA